AUGCGUGUGCUGCUACCGUCAUCUGGUGCCCGGACGGCGAAUAUUCGCACAAGUCGAGCGUUACAGAGGGCCUUCCUCACUCGGCAGGCAGGUCAGCCCGUCCAUCUCCGUUAUGCCAAGCUUGUUCCAAAGAACGGCGACGAUGAAAGUUACCCAUUAGUAAUUCUCCAUGGCCUGUUCGGCACGAAGCAGCACUGGCUGUCUCUGUCCAAGGCGUUCUUGAGAGACUUGCGCAGGCCUAUUUAUUCGUUAGAUCUGCGAAAUCAUGGAUCGUCACCGCAUGCUGCACCGAUGACCUAUGCGCAUAUGGCGGACGACGUUGUGCAAUUCUGCAAAGAACAUUCACUCGCGAGGAUCUCUCUCCUCGGCCAUUCGAUGGGAGGAAAAAUAGCGAUGACCGUCGCACUCAGCCCUGAGACUCCGCCAGACCUACUUAGACACCUGAUCGUCGCCGACAUCGCGCCUUCCAGAGGAGCCCUGUCCCCUGAGUUCAGCGACUACGUCAUAGCCAUGCAGACAAUCGAAGAGCGCAAGGUGACCUCUCGCAAAGAGGCGCAAGACAUCCUCUCAGAGUAUGAAAAGGACCCAAUGAUACGUGCCUUCCUCUUGAUGAACUUGAUCGAGUCACACGGAGUGAUGAAGUUCCGGAUACCUCUGGACAUCAUCAGCCAAAGUAUAUCGGAACUUGGCUCCUUCCCGUAUGAGCCGGGCGAGCGACAAUGGAAUGGUCCCACAUUGUUCAUCAGAGGCAACCAGAGCAACUAUAUUAACGAGAAAAAUAUCCCCAUUGCUAAAGGGUUCUUCCCUCGCAUGGUGCUCAAGGCCCUAGAUGCCGGCCAUUGGGUUCAAGCAGAGAAGCCGAACGAGUUCAAGGAAUUCGUUACCGACUUCAUUAAGAACGAGGGAUGA